UGGUCGGCACUCCCCUCCCACAGCCAAAUACGUAGCUGCUAUCCACCCCAGCCUGGAGAUCCCCAUGCUGAUUCCCAAGGAAAAACCACCCAUCACAGUUGUUGGAGAUGUAGGAGGAAGAAUAGCUAUCAUUGUGGAUGACAUCAUAGAUGAUGUUGACAGCUUUCUGGCUGCAGCUGAGACCCUCAAGGAGAGAGGGGCCUACAAGAUCUUUGUCAUGGCCACCCACGGCCUGCUGUCCUCAGACGCUCCCCGGCUGAUCGAGGAGUCUGCCAUUGAUGAAGUAAGUGUGGAAUCUGAGCUCUCAUCCAGUGAUUUGGGGCUUUUCUAAGCAAGCAGUUCUCUCCUGUUUUGAUUAUUGACACAUAGGUCAAUAACCAGGUUCCUGGUUCAGGCUUUCUUACUCUGGAAUUGUGUGACUGGAAUGUUAGCAUCCACAUGUCUUUUAACUAUAGCAGUGGGAAAUGUGGGAAGUGGCAGGAUGCUGGACACCUUUCCCUGCAGUGGGUGGGAUAUUUUUGUACCUCCUCUGGAUCUGUGUGGCUGAAUGAAUGAAAGGAAGGAGGGACAGUGCCAUUAGUAUCCAUGGAUACAUGAAACCUAUGGCAACACAUGGCUCUUCCAAAGAUUGUGACCCUGGCAGUAAUGUAAAACGUUGUUUUGUCAGCCAGAGUGGCUUUGUGGGAUCUGUGAAACUCCAUUUCA